AGAAAAAGGAGGCAGCACCACUGAUUCCUUCGUCGGCGUUAUUCUGAACAAAGCGAUCCGCGAAAAAACCAGGUGCGUCCGGCCGAAGGAGCUUGCCAAGCGUAACGCAAAGGCACCUUUUCGGGGGCAAAACGGCGAACCUUGUUCCGCCGGACUCAGACCAGAAAACAGCUUCUACUUACAAGUGAUUCACAGCUUGCAAAAUUUCCACCCAGCAAAAGGAGCUCGAGAGUUGAAUCUCACAUCUCUCUCGUAUGCAGAUGCCGGCACACAUUUUCUCGUUGCUAGGGUCGCUGCUGUCGAAUGGGAAUCUUUGGGUUCCCAUUGAACUCGCUCUGUAACGAAACGAAAAGUCGAUCCGACCAUCUGGUCCCUCCAAGCGAUUGUUUGCUAUCGUUUCGAGGGUUCUCACGGGCGUGGGAAUCCUCGUGUUCGCUCCUGCUUACCGCCCUCGGCACGUGUGACUGAGGGCCAACGCGACACAACAACAGUGAGCUGGCUGUUGUCCGCCAGAAUAUCAAAGUCAACGAAGGAAAGCCGAUUUCUCUCGCCAUAACCAAGGAGUGUCUCUGAAGACAAAAGGAGGGCUACAGGAGACCCGUCCAACGUUUUCUUGUGUUGGACAGUUUCGUUCCUGCACCGGAACAUCUGGGCGUAACAACCUAUCUUCUGGUUUUCUUUCUCUGCCGUCUCCUCUCCCGCGUUCGUCUCUUCCGCUAUCCUCCUUCUUGGGUCUGCCAAACAAUAUCUCUAAUUUCUUACCUUUCCUCUCUACUGCUUUUCUCUCUCUGCGCCUCUUGUUUUGUCGUUGGCAAUGGAAGCAAGGCCUGAGCAGGCGUCGAGUGCGUUGCGCGACGCCUGGCUGAAGAAGAAGGGUCUGUCUCUCGUCCCGCUUGGGCUCGACGAAGAAGAACGCGAAUUCUGGUGGGGUCUGAGACGCUUCCUUCGCCUGCAGCUCGAGCGCGUAGUGGAAGAAAGCUGCCGCGAGCGUUCCUUCUCCUCCUGCUCUUCGUCCUGUUCUGGAGACGCGUCUUCUCCCUCUGCCGCUUCUUCCUCUGCUUCACCUGUGCGACGGACGGAGAAACGAAGGAGGUCGCCCGACAGCGAAACCAAGGGUGCGUGCGUCGAGAGCCGAGGCAAAAUGGCAAAGACCGCGCCUGCGGCUGUCUCCUCCGGGGACGCGCGCAGAUGCGGUGAAAACGUCAAGCGCCAGGCGGCAGCAGGCGAGGACGGACACACCGGAAACCCCGGGUGCGAGGAAAAAGAGCGAGCAAGCGAGGGAAAGGAGACAGAAGCAACGCGAGAUGGCGCGCCAGACGGUGCAGGAGAAAGCGGAACGAACGCGUUCGACGACAAAGACUGCGACGAGGCAGAGCAGAUCGGCGAACGGGGAGACAGAGGUGCAGAACAAAGAAGGGAAAGAUACAGAGGAGAAAAAGAAGAACAGAGAGACUCAGGGAGAGAAGACGAUGGUGAGACGGGUCCAAAGAGUCUGGUCGAAUCUGGGCCCCCGAGCUCGGCCUACCAGAUUGAAGGCUCCGACUUGACAGGAGAGAGACGCGUCUCCUGCUUCACACAGAGAGGGACUUCUGCUUUGGAGUUGAGCUUCUGCCUGGCCUUCUCUCGCAGAGCGCCUCCGGUGUAUGGACACCCAGCCACCGGGGUUCUGCUGCUGCUGCAGAGCGCCCUGCGGACGCGGUGCUCCUCCGAUUGUUCUCUCACCUCGCGGCAGAAACGGAACGGAGAGCGAGAGGACCACGGGAGUGCGAAGGGCGAGCAGGAGAAAAGAAGUGGAAACGAAGUUCACAACGUUCUUGAGACGCUGAAACGCGUGUUCAACCCUGUCGCACACGAAGCCCCGACGAAGCGCGAGACUGUGGGCUGUCCUGGCCGAACAGGAGGAGAAAAGGACAGAAAAGGAGAAAGAGACGGAAGCGAGGGAGAAGAGCACCUCACGCUGCACAUGCUCGUUCUUGACCAUCAGAUUCGAACGCUGUCUGCAGAGUGGAUUGCAGACUGGAUUGUUCUGUACUGGCUUUCGCUCUUCCAAGCUGUCUUCUCCUACCUCUCAGUUCGCGGGGUCUACGUACAGAAGCUCGCCAAACGAGCGCUCGGACAACCGCUCCGCGCCUUCUUUGCGGCGACGACGCAUUCGCGGCGCCGGGCUGUUCAAGAGUCGAACGACGACAAAAGGGGCAGUCCCUGAAGAAAGAGGAGGACCCAGAGGAGACAGCGAAGGCGACUUGGAGCAAACACGGAUGAAUGCGAAAGAGCAAGAAGAAAAAGAAAGCGAAGGGAAAACGCAGACCCCAGUCACGAUAAGGUCUUCAGUGCGCCUUUACAGGGACUUUGGAGAACGUGAGAAACGCUGGCGAGUCCGUGCCUCAUCCCGUCUCUGUCUAGUGCCCCUUUCUUUUCCUCUUGCUCGUCUCAACAUCUCUCUCCUGUAUCCGCACGUCCCCUUUUUUCUGUGUCCUUCUCUACUCUUUUCUUUUUCUCCUGUACGUUCACUUUUCUCUCUUCUGUACGUUCGACUCUGUUGUAUCUUUGUCCUCUUUCUUCUCCCCGGGCCCUCUUGUGUGCCUUUUUCAGCAGAUCUGUUUUUCGUUCUUGUGGAGCAGAGCUAAAGAGGGUCCGAGAGCUGCAUCCUUUGCAGCGACUUCGCCUGGGCACACACAGCCGUGCUAGCCCCCCCUCUGUGAACACAAUUACUGUGAGGUGCAAAUGCUUUCUUUCUGGAGAGAUCUAUGCAGGAGUUUGGCGAUUAUGAUUUCCAAUUAAUAUAAAUUUUAUGACAUUGUUGAGGGAUUUAUAAUGUACUGCAUGCACUGUCACGUUCAUUAUUGUAGCGGGAAAAAGUAUCCAUAUGACGAGAGUUAAAUAUCUGUGGAUAUGAAACCCUUUUACUGACAACUGCAGCAUUUGCAAAACCGUACCCACAAGUGCGUCUCCUGGUUCUGCGUGUCAGUUCAGUCUGGACUGCCGCGACGCUCAGAAGUCGUUUGGCCUCUCAGAGAGCUCAGGUGUUGCUCCUCGCUUUUUCGUUGAUGGUGAACAGGAAAGAAGACAGCGACUUGUUCUCUCACAUAUGAACGUCUUUCCCCGC